UCCUAAUGCCGUGCUCGAGGUCAUCCUCGUCAACCUAUUACAGUCGAACUGCGCCAAGCAUCUCAUCCGUCACUCCAGCAGCAUGGAUUUUGAGACACAAACAUUCUCAUAAGAGUUUAGUUAGUUUUGCGGUCAUUACUCGCACGCGCUUCGAGAUGCUAGAUCAGGAUAUCAAGGCAUGCACUGUCCUUCAACAAACAGUGGUUCAACUGCAGCAGCAAGCUCUGGAACGCUUGACAGUCAUUCAGAACCGAAUCGAGACUCUCAUCACCCAGACCUUCAAGCUCCACGAGUCUUCCAUCCGCGGCUGUUCGUUGCCCUUCCUAAGGUCGAACAACAAGGGGAUAUUCACCGAGGAGAAAGGCAAGGUUGAGAUCAAAAUCGCAUCACCGUCUGCAGCUGAGCAGUUUUACGACGCGCUAGUCAAGGCACGCGUAGUUCAGGAGCUGGAGAUUACACUGCAGUGA